AUGCAGGCCGGCAAGAAGCACAGCCGCCGUGUCGCUCGUCAGACCAAGGCCGCCGCCAUCGCCCCCCGCCCCGUCGACCGUCUCCGCCCGAUUGUCCGUUGCCCUAGCAUCAAGUACAACCGCAAGGUCCGUGCUGGCCGUGGCUUCACCCUGGCCGAGCUAAAGGUGCGUCGACAGUCCCUUCCCUUGCCCAUUUCUGCUUUUGAACCUGUUUCUCUAACCCCCACGUCCCAGGCUGCUGGUGUCCCCCGCCUGCUGGCCCCCACCAUCGGCAUCUCCGUCGACCACCGCCGCCAGAACCUGUCGGAGGAGUCCCUGGCCGCCAACGUCGCCCGCCUCAAGGCCUACAAGAGCCGCCUGCUCGUCUUCCCCAAGAAGGGCGCCAAGCCGACCGUCCCCGCCGGCCAGUCGGCCGCCCUGAUCGCCUCCGCCCUGCCGAUUGUCAGCUCCACCGCCGGCGUCACCGAGAUCAAGACCAGCGAGCUGCCCGCGCCCCUCGAGGCCGGUGCCUACGCCACCCUGCGCAAGGCGCGGUCAGACGCCAAGCUGGUGGGCAAGCGCGAGAAGCGGAUCAAGGACAAGGCCGAGGCCGAGGCCAACAAGAAAUAG